AUGAAAAUCAAUUAUGUGUUACUGCCUCUAAAAGCACACUAUUUUUUUUUUCAUGCAGCUAUGGCUGCCAUUUUUCCAUUUGUACCUGUUUACGGUAAACAACUUGGUAUUUCUCCAUUAAUAAUGGGUAGCAUUACUGCCAUUUUACCUAUUGUGUAUAUGAUUACUAAACCAACAAUUGGUUAUAUCAUGGAUUAUUUUCAAACACAAAAAAAAUUAAUCUUUAUGUUUAUACUGAUGGUUUCAUACGGUUCCUACAUUUUGAUAUAUUUUUUACCUCCAUUACCGGGACCAAUGAUACCAGAUCAUCAGUUUCAAAAUGUUUCUUGUGCGAUUUUACCAUUUUGCGAUAUUAAUAACUCAACAGCAUUAUGUAACAUUUCAAAGAAUACUACAUGUCAUUGGACAUGCACUGAUACAAAGUUUUCCAUUCGACUAUCUUUCUAUGCAACUUCUCCUGAGAAGGAAGCAGUUAUUUCUUCAAAUACUACAUGUUUAUUAAAUAUUAACGAAAUGGCAUUAUGUCAAGGAAUAGAGACAGAUAAUUGUAAGGUUAUCUGUGAUAAUUUUGAAAGUAAUUACUGCUUGUACACAUCUGUUACUUUCUGGGGAUUUGUCAUUUUAAUGUCUUUUGGCACUAUUGGUGUUGUUACUUCUUUUAAUAUAAACAACGCAAUUUGUUUUGAAAUAUUAGGUAAAGGUAAGCAAAUGAAAUAUGGUAGGCAACGUAUGUGGGGUGAAAUCAGUUAUGGUUUAGUAGGACUUUUAGUUGGAUAUUUUAUAGAUAUAUGGUCCCAAGGAAAAAUCUAUAAAAUUUAUACACCAGCAUUUCUUCUUGCGUUUAUAUUUAUUUGUAUCGAUUUAUUAUGUUGCAGAAAACUGAAGCUGCCACAUAUAUCGAGAUCGUCAAAUAUAUGUGCGAAUAUCUGUGCGCUUUUAAAAUAUAAAUCCGUUAUUAUAUUUUUAUGUUUUGCUAUUAUUGUCGGAGCCAUUGAUGGUUACAUAAUCUUUUUCUUGUUGUGGUAUGAAGAAGAUUUAGCUAUGAAAACUGGUUAUAUGGACAAAAUAAAAUUAAUAGAAGGUUUAACUGUAUCCGCAGAAGCUUUCGGUUGUAUAAUAUUUUUACCUUUAUCUGGUAAAAUAUUAAAUAAAUUUGGAUAUGGUUACACUUUUAAUCUUUCUCUUGUAUUUUACGUCUUACGGCUAGGAUUAAUAUCUGUAGCGCCAACACCAUGGUGGAUUGUUCUAAUUGAAUUUUUACUACUGGGUUUAUCAUAUACACUUUCCUACGUAACAAUAAUAGAGUUUGCGGAUGUAAUAUCAUCGUCCAAUAUAUCUAUUUCUGUUCAAGGCAUUAUGUCAGGAUUUAAAGAGGGUUUUGGUUUUGCUGUCGGUAAUUUGGUGGGGAGUAUGCUUCUAAAAAAAUUUGGUGGUGCAUUAACUCUACAAAUAUUUUCAAUGUUUGCAGCAUUCUGUGCAGUAGUAUAUUUUGUACUUUACAUUAAGUACUUGAAGCAUAAGUUACCAGGAACACGAAAUGAUGUUGAGUGGAAAGAACUUAAUGAUGCACGGAAACAGUGUGUUGUAGCAAAAUGA